UCACAUUUCCAUUAUCACACGCCAAAAAAAAGUUUUGCUUACCGCUGAAGCGAAUCAAGAAACGUUUAAUACUUUGUUACAGAGAUUGAUGGAUCCUUGGGGCAGCGAAAUUGCCGAAGAAACUGUAGUUUCGCCUAAUUUUGAAGACGAUUUCACGCCCGCGCAGGACUCGGGAAAAUUAUCGGAUUCGGCCGAAUACUUGGCUAUUUUAGAGCGCAAAUUGAAAUCGAUUCGAGCUAAGAACAAGGUUGUGGAGGAUUUGGCGGCUUAUCGAGCGGACUGCAUCGAGCGGUUGAUGCGAGAGGGCUGCGACUUGGACCCCGUCAUCGGCGACACCGAGGAAGACCAGCUCAUUGAAGAAGAAGAACGUCAGUAAACCAAAACUGUAAGUAAUCAUGGCUUCAUCAUC